AGAGAACCGCGCAUGCGUAAAAGGCAAAUAGACGACAAUGGAUACCUUUGACACUACUGCCGUUUAUGCGCUGUUACAAUCUUAAUGUCGACAGGAGAUACCAGCGUUAACACCCGUCUACCAACAUAGCACAUCUAAACAAUAUAAAUACCUCAUUGUUUUCUGUCAUUAUAGCCGGCUGUUAGCUUGCUCCGUGCAGCAGUAGGAUCAUGUUUACAUCCCAAACCUCGUCCUUCCAGGAUUCAAUUGACGUGGAAGAGAGAGAUGACUUUGAGAGCGAGGAAAUUGCUGGAUACAGCCAGAAAAUUCAGCUGAACUGCUACUACACCAUCUAUCUUUAUCAAGGCACAAGAUCUGAGGCUUCAGGGGCGUGGAACCAGAGACGAGCAGACUCCACAACAAGUCAGGAUGACUUUAGCCUGACCCUGAUUGACAGCAGCCUGCCAUCAGAGGCGGAACCUGAGCUGCGGACCUACAUUUCAAGGAGGCUGAGCAAAGGUGCCCUGCUGGGAGGCAUGGGCAAUAUCGCUACUGUGGAACUAAGUAUUCCAGAGCAGGCAGUCGGCUGCUACUGCUGUCUCCUGGAGCAGGAAACGUCUCCUGAACAGCCCGAUGCUGAUGGAAAUGGAUACGUCAUCUGCUUUAUGGGCGGCUCUGAAAAAGGACUGAAUUUAUUUAGGUUAGAGCUUGAUAAAUAUGUCCAAGGCCUACAUAGCAGUCUGCAAACCCCAGAGCUGCAGAACCUUGAGACAGAGGUGCGUCCCUAUCUGAGCCAGUGGUACGAGGAGUCCGUGAUGCACAUUUAUCGGGUGGUGCAGCUGGUCCAAAGCAACAUCAGCUUUUUGCUGCAUGCUGCUCUGAAUCACACACAUGUCGAAGUCAAUAAUUCAGAUGAGAGGACAAAGGCGGAUGUGUCCAGGUUCAUCAAAGCAGCCAGUUUGCAGGGUCUGUCCCAACAAGACACUACAACAGCUUCUCUGUGUAAGGCUAUCUCAGAGGAUACACACUCUGACCUGAUCGUAGACUGUUCCACCAGCCCACCCACAUUCUCAAACACUGUUAGUAAUCGUUUCUGUGACGACUGGAUUCAGGCAUUUCUAAACGCUGCAGAGCGUUGUAAUCCUUUCCUGCUCAGACAGAUUCUGGAGAACUUCAAACUUAAGGCCAUCCAGGACAUGAACAGCCUGAAGCGUUUUGUGCGACAAGCAGAGAUGAGUCACUACGCCCUGUUUCGCUGCUGCCAGUUCCUACAGGGCUGCGGAAAUGGGGAUGUGUUGCUCCAGAAUGUCAGGGCAGAGCACAGUGACUUGCCUGAAGCCUGCAGCAUCAUCAGUGUCCUGGAGGAGUUCCUCAAAGAACACGCCCAGGCUUGAUUUCGUUACACCUAACUCAAGUUGUGGGGCCUGGGUACUUUGUCUGUUGCUAUUUGACAGUCUGCUCUUCCAGCCACAAAGCAGAUAACCUAUACAAGUCUAAACCUACACUAGCACUACAUUCUAUGUUUAACAUUAGUUCCUCAAAUAAAAGUUUAGCAGUGGGGGCGUUUUGAAUCUGUCAGCUGUUGGCAGAUUCCAAAUUUUAAAUCUAGUUCCCUGUGCUGGCACUACUGCUUCUAAGAUAGAGUGGUGGUCAGACCUGGAAUAUGUACUGUAAAACAUUGACAACUGACUCUCAGCUUCCCUAAACCAAGGUGUACUGACUCUGUAACAUCACUGAACUUAUUUUAACAAAUAAGAUUAGUUGUUAUUUGGAGAUGAUUGUAAAAUGAAUUGAGGAUCUCAGUGUGCAGAUCAGUUUAGAUGAAGUUGUUCCGUGGCACUUUCCCAAUCUUUUUCCUUUUGCAAUGUAUGUGUUGCAUGUUGAGUGUGGAACAAUACUUUGAACCAAAUAAUAUUGCUAGUGUUUUUGCUAACUGACAAUGAUCACAAAACCGAAUUGAUCCAAACAAAAGCUUCUACUCACUGGAGUAGGAUUAUUUUUUUAACUUAUUUAAUAUCCAAGUAGCAUUUUGAUUUUUGAUUGUACUAGUUUUUCUUUUGAGAAAAAACCUGUUGAGAAUGCACAAAUCAAGUGUAUGCAUUGCUUGUUACUUAGGCCUUGUGUGUGCUUAAAUUUCAACCCAAUACCUGCACUACAAUAUUAUUUUUGUCUAAUGAAUACCGCUACUGCAUGUACAUAUGUCUAUCAAGUGAUAUCAGAUGUAAGUUUAAUCCUUUAUUAAUGCAGUGUUGUAGUGUAGAUAGUGUAGUUUUUGGAUAUCAUUUUCUAUUUACAAAAUCCAAAUAGCAUUCACCAGCUAAAGACUUCAUGAGAACUAAACAGUCACUAUGCGACCGGUCACUCACUACAUUUACUAAGCAUUUGUUUAGUUUCAAAGGUUGUGCACAAAUGAUACCCACAGAAAAAAAAUAGAUGAUGUAUAACAGUACUCACAGUAAUUUUUAGCAUGCCUAAGUUUUAUUUUCCUUUCAUUGUGUAACUGCAACAAGUUUUUGCAUUCCAUUGAACCCAUAAAGGGUUUUAGAAACAAACUCAAACCAUUUCCAUUCAAACCGGUCCAAAGUUAUACAGCAAUAUGGUUGGUGGUGUAUACUUCUAAACUGUGAAGCAAGUAAAUGAGUCAUUUUGCUAUUGUGAACCAUAGUGUGACAGACCCACAGUGCGUAUUUGUUGACAUUUGUGUACAGCGUGUUCUCUGUAGUUAUAAAUUACUAAGUUGUUCUUGGUCUUGUAUAGAGGGAGCUAAAAUAAAUAGCACAGUUGAACC